AUGAACUCCAAUAUGGCCACGGUUGCUCCUGCAUUCCCGUUGGCAGAAUUCCAAGCGGGUGUCACAGCUUGCAUGAGAUCGUGGUCCGCUCUUCGAACCGCCGUGGAAGGAGGUUGGGGUGGCAACGAUUCGAUUGUCAAGGCCGAUGAUUUACGCGAUAAUAUUUAUGGCGUCAUGCUGGGCAACAGCAACAAGCCGACAUUGGAAUUGGAAGAUUUGGAAGACAAUUUGGCCAUUUACAUGGAAGAAGAAUAUUCCGUCGUUUUGGAAGAUGCCUCCGAAAAGCAAGUGGCAUUGACAAUAUUUCAAUUGUACGAGCAAUGUGCGCAAGGACAAAUCGCCUUGGCAGAACAAUUGGUACAGACGGCCUUGAAAUACGACGAACAAAUUGCAGCUGCUUAUCCAGUCAGUGUACAAUCGACCGAACACGAUGAUGAUGAUGAUGACGAUGAUGAAGAUAUGAUGGAUGCUACCACCACAAAUGAUAGUAGUGUCGGAGGAAUCAAUAUUUCCGUGGCACCCACAAAUCCUCAACCACAACAACCACUAGCCGCAACGAAUCCCGUAGCACCAGCUGCCUUUACCACUGCCGGUGACUAUGCCGCACAAUCUCUCUUUGGCAAACCCAAGAAACCCAAGGCUCCUCGACCGAGACAACAGCCCGAAGGAAUUCAGGUGGACGAUGAUGGAUUUGCUACAGUCACCAAGGGAAGGAGAAAAGCCAGAACUUAA